CUUCCUGGCAAUGUAUAUUUCUGUUUCUUCCUGUCGUUAGAAAUCGCCAGUGAGUUUCAAAUUCUUUCAAGUUUUGUGGGACGAGAAACCAAAAACUAUAGUUUGAUUCCAAUAACAGGUGAUAGUGUGUGCUAUAGAUGUUGAAAGCUAUCCAAUAAAAUCUUUUACUUUUGUGACAGAAAUACUAAUUGAUGGAAGAAUGAAAUGCCCAGUGGUUAUUGUGUAAACUGUUUUGUUUAUAUGUUUCUUAAAUAGUGCAAAUUUGUAAUGAGAUGGGUAAUUCUCAUAGAUCAAAGUGACUGGUGAAUCUGAAUCAUGGGAAAGAGAAAAGUUGAAGUUAUCACGUUACUAUCAUCAGAUGAAGAAACACCACCUCUUGUAAACAAUUUAUCGAAUAAAAAAACUGAUGUAAAAGUGAGAAAAACUGCUCGAAAAUCUACAGCAGCUAGUAUGGGCCAGUUGAGUAUUACUCCUAUUAAAACAGAAUCUAAGUCAUCAGUUUCUCAUGAUUCUGCAUCCAGUGCAAUGAAAAGUAAACCGAAAGCCAAUCAACCAAUAUUGAAUAGCACAUCAGUGAAACAAAGUACUUUUCCUAUGAAGCAAUCGGUGCAUGAUUCUAAUAAUUUAAAUACUUUUAAUCAUAAUUCAAACUUAAUUAGUAACCUUCAGAAAAAUGCAGUGGCAUCUUCUACCAAUGGACUUCCACCUAUAGAAAUCACAAAGAAAAUGCCACAUUUGACCAUAACUCCCAUCCCCAAACCAUCUGACCCUCCUGUGGCACACAAUUCCAAAACUGCAAGAAAAUCUUUUAAUUCUAAGCCUGAUCACCAUUUAUCUCCUGAAGUUCAAAUUACUGCCUCAAAAUUAAAUAAAUCGGCAACAUAUCAAAGUAGUGCAAAAUUCUCUAAGAGAAAUCAAUCUGUUAAAGUUUCAUCAAGUUCAACAAAAACUGCAAUCCAUCCAUCAGAUAGCAAUAUUAUCUCUUCAGCGAACUCUUCUUAUUCUGAUUCAAAGAGUCAUAUAAGUGCAAAUGAUUCCCUUUAUGUUGAAAGUAUGAAGAAAAAAGCAAGAAAAUCUUUUCCUUCAUCUAAUAGUCAAAUACCUCCUUCACUUAUAUCAUCUCUUGGUAAAAGUGGAGUAAGUAUCAUAAAUAUAGAUAACACAAAUUCACUAAAUAGUGGACAAGUAAGAAAAAAAAGUGAAGAGGUAUUUGACCCUAAAAAUUUAAAAACAUCACCUGAUUUAAGCAUAACUAAGAUUAAAACAGAUAAAGUUACUAUUUCUCAAAGAGACGAUGUUGAAUCAGAGCAUGUGGAAAGAACCCAAGUAUCUCAAAUGUCAUUGAAUCAAAACAAUGUUAGACAACUGAGGACAAAUUCCCUUACAAAUAAUAAAAAUCAAAAUUCAACAUCUGUUAAAUCUAAACAUAAAGAUACAUUUAAUUCAGAAUUUGUUUCUCAUGAAAGUCCAAAAAUUCCUUUUAAAAAAGUUUCUAAAAAUAAUGCUUUGACUUCCUCUGUGAGUAAGAAAAGUAAUAACAUGGACUCAAAAACUAAUUCAAUGCUGAGUAAACCACAGAAGACUAGAAGUUCAAAGAAUAAUGAUAAUUCAUAUAUUAAAAAAACCAGUUUAACUGGUAAAACUAAGUCCGAUUCUAAGUCUGAUGUAAUUAUAUUACCAAACACACCACAGAUGCCAUCAGCAAAUCAAAAACCUGUUGUAUCAGCAUUUGCUUUCAAAUCUACAGUUUCUAAAACCAGUUCCUCCAUAAACGAACAGAAUGUUUCUCAGACGAACAAUUUAAAGAAAAACCAGCCUCUAAAACGUAAAAACAGCAAUUCAGUUUCUAAUCCAAGACUACCUAAAAAAGUUUCUUUUGAAGCACCACAAAAUGGAGAGGCCCCAAACUCAGCUUUUGUGGAUCAUCAUAAACGAAUUAUGGCUAUAAAGGAGUCAUUAAAAGACUUAGACAGUGAUUUAAAACAAAAAGAAAAGGUGGAGAAGUCAUUGGAUAAUGUAGUUAAUGUAGCUGGUACUAAAAAGGAUUCAGAUAUUCCUUUGCAAUCUAUCGGAGAAAAGAAAGAUACGAUUGCCUCAUCUAAUAUUCUUGAAAAGAAAAAGGAUACAAUAAUUCCUUUACCGUGCAAUAAAAAAAGGGAUACAAUUAUUUCUGUACCAUGUGUUGAAGAAAAGAAAAAGGACACAGUUAUUCUUUUACCAUAUAUUGAAGGAAAGAAAAAGGAAAAAAUUAUUCUUUUACCAUCCGUUUUAGAAAAGAAAAAAGAUACUGUUAUUUCUUUACCAAAUGUUGAAGUGAAAAAAAAGGACACAGUCAUCCCUUUAUCACAUAUUGAAGAAAUGAAAAAGGACUCACUUAUUUCUUUGCCAAAUGAUGAUGAUGAGAAGGGCAUGGCUAUUCCUUUAGCAUCUGUUGAUGAAGAGAAGGAAGACAUAAGCAACCCUGUGUUACUUACUGAAGAAAAGGAUGCAAAUGUUCCUUUACCACCUGUUGAUGAAAGUAUUGUAAAAGGAGCACAAUUGGAGGCUAAAGAACAUGAAUCGCAAAAUGAAAUUUCAAAUUUAGAAGAAUUGAGUAACGAUGCAACAGUUGAUGCAAAACAUGGAGAAAAUAUUCUUGAUAAUAAAAGGCCUCUUAAACAGGUCACAUCACCUAAACUUUCUUUGAAGCGAAAUAUAAACACUGAUGGUACUCCUGUAAAGAAACUGAAAGUUGGAUCUGAUGCAGUUUCUGAAAAUAUAUGUGUUCCAUUGCACAAUCAAAAUGAAUCAGCUGCAGUUUUAUUCAAUAGCAUAGGAAGUGUAGAUGUGAAUUCUUUCCCAUGGAGUGAAAAUGAUAAUAUUACUACAAAAUAUAAAAAGUUUCUGCAAUUCUGCAAACCUUUUAUGAAGAGCUCACCUCAUGAAGAAAAUAAAAUAGUUAAAACAUUUUUAAAGCAAUUCCAGAAAGCAGAUGUACAGUUUAUAGAAAGUACAAACUUUAUUGAAUUGUUAUGUGAAACAGUUCUGAAAGUAAAGACAAAUCCUGGAAAAAUAUUUGUUCAUCUUUCAGUUUUAAGUUCCAAACUUAGGGAACAUAAGAAGCUAGACUUCUCUCAUUGUCUGUCAAGUUCAAAUGAUAGACCAAAAAGUGAUAAUCAUGUGAAACCGAUUUCAGAUAGUGAAACUGAAGUAGCAUCUCAUUCAUCAAAUAACAGAUUUCAGGUAACUGAGAGUGCUAACCAUUUCAAACAGAUUGCAAAGGAGAGUUCUGAAAUAACAGCUCAUGUAUCAAGUGAGGAAUCAAAGGUUUUGAGAAACACGAAGCCUAUUGAUAAAAAUUCUUUCAAUGAACUAGAAAGAGCAACUCAUGCAUCAAGUGAUUAUUCAGAAAAAAUUGACAGUGCUAAACAUAAUAUAUACAUUUCAAAUAUUUUGCCAGAAAUAACAUCAGAUUUAUCAAAUUCGAAUGAUCCUGAAAACUCCAGAACCAGAAAAGUUGAAAAUCGCAUUGGUCAAACUACAGGUGAUGAACCUGAAAUAAAUUCUGACUCAGUAAAUUUGAAUAAAAUCAAAAUUGCUGAAUGUACUAAUCACACUGAAAAUAUUCCUGCUGAUGAGCCGGAAAUUUCAACUGAUUUUGCUGAACCACAAAAUGAGGACUCUUCACCUAGUUUAAUAACAUCUGAUCCUAAUGAAUCUGUUGAGCCUAAUGAUUCUAGGUCAUCGCCUACCAUAUUUAAUCCCACUGUUAUUGAAUCUUCUAUCAAAGGUUCAUGCAUGAAUGAUUUUUAUGGUACGCCUUCAACUUCAAACUUCAAAGUUAAGAAUCACAUUGGACAAAUUGCAGGUGAUGAACCUGAAAUAAAUUCUGACUCAAUAAAUUUAAAUAAAUCCAAAAUUGCUGAAUGUACUAAUCACUCUGAAAAUAUUCCUGCUGAUGAGCCUGAAAUCUCAACUGAUUUUGCUGAACCAGCAAAUGAGGACUCUUCACCUAGUUUAAUAACAUUUAAUCCUAAUGAAUCUGUUGAGCCUAAUGAUUCUAGGUCAUCACCUACUAUAUUUAAUCCCACUGUUAUUGAAUCUUCUAUCAAAGGUUCAUGUAUGAAUGAUUUUUAUAGUAGGCCUUCAACUUCAAGAUAUGCUGAUUAUGCAGAAAUGUUAUUAUCAUCUACACUUCCUGGAAAUACAUUAGAAGAAAUAGAAAGAGAAAGCUAUAGACUUCCACUUGAUAGUGCAACAAAAGAUUCUAUUGAAAAUCACCAAGACUUUUUGAUUUCUAAAAAAAUUUCAAACAGUAUUCCUCAUUCAGAACUGCCCAUACCUGUAGUUAAUCCUGAUUUAAGAAAUUCUCUCUUGGACAAAGGAAAUGAUUCUGAUUCAACAGCAUCAUUUCCAAGUAAAAGUAACAAAUAUGUUCCAAAAAAAGAGAGUGUGCCAAAAAAUAAAAAGUCUGAUGAAGAAGAGUUUGAAAAGCGAAUAAGAGAUCUGGAAAAGUAUCUUGGUAGAUUGAGUAAAAAAAUUAAGAAACUGCAAUUAAAAGAGCUGUCUUUGGAUGAUUUGGACAACGAAGAUUCAGUUUAUAUUCUUCAAGAUAAGUAUGAAAGAAGAUUCAAUCAGGUUUUUAAUAAACUCUGCAAAUUAAGAAAGGCUUCAUCCCGCUUAGGAAGAGAAAUUGAAAAGCGGUUCGCAUAUGAAGGAACCAGACAUGAAGCCUUAAAUAAAGCCAUUGAAAAGUUUAUUAAUAAAAGAAAAGCAACUGAAAAAUUUCCUAAUUACAAAGAAACUUUGGAGAAAGUCAGAGAAGUAAAUGAAAGAGAUAAUAUUUGUUUACCACCUCAAGAAGAAGAACGGUUGGCUGAGCAAAUUUUCAAAGAUAUUGGAAAAGAACUUCAAAGAAGGCGUAUUCUUGAUAUGGAACAAGAUCUUAUCAGUUACUGCCCUGAAGAUGCUGAACUUGAUUAUGAUCCUGCUGAUCAUGAUGAGAGUUUGAAAAGCAAGUUAAUAAGUAGUGUUGCGGAAGGUGAAAAAAAGAUGGACGAAAUUAUGCAGAAAUAUGCUGAGAUGCAGAAAGAGGAAGAAGUUGUUCAUGAUGGUGUUAUGGAGGUGGAAGAAACAUCUGAAGAAGAACGAGAAGAUUCAGAUAUUCCAGAAACAGAACCUGCGACUCCAAGUACAGAUGAGCGUAUGGAUGAAAUUGAAACUGAGAGGGAUCCACCAAAACAAGACUCACCUAUACUAGUUACUUAUGAUAAGGACUUUCACGAUGAUCCUGAUAUUAUUGAUCUCGGUUCUUCUUCUGAUGCUUCUACUGAACCAGGAGCUAGUGUGUCAGAGAGCAGGAAAUCUGCAGAGAGACCUAAUUUGAAUGAACCACCUGCAUCUAUUAGAGAUACAGUAGAAGUUUUUGAAGAUCAGAAUAAUUCUCUAGGACCAGACAGUUCUCCUGAGUUACCAACCCUGGAUGACAUUUUUAAAUAAACUAUCAACUGUUGAUAUAGAAUCCUUUUAAAUGAAUUUUUUUAAUGAAUUGUGUGAAUGAUUGAAUGACUGAGAUGUUUUGCAUAUGAAUUAGACUCCUUUCAAUGCACUUUUUCACCAUAAACGUUUUUAUAUUUCACCUUUUUUAUCAUGCAAACUCAUUAUAAAAAGAAAGUUAUUUUCUGUAAUUUACAGGAUACAUAAGGAAAUUAAGACAUAUAUCAUGAAUAAUCAAUUUAUUAUCCUUUUCUUGUGCCUUAUAAUCAAGAUGACUGAUAACUCUGUUUUUGCUAGUUUUGCGUUAUGGUUUAAAAGGAUAUGUAAAUUAAAAUGCAUGCAUUAUGAUAGGACUAAGUCUUUCAUUACAUUAUUAUCAUUUUUUUUCAUGUGAUAUAUAUUUAUUUUACAGUAUGUAAAUUUCCAUGAUCUGUUUGUUAUUUGAGAAUUUUAUGUCAGUAACAAAAUGCCACUUAUAUUUUGUACUUACACAGUGCUAUUAUGAUGACAGUCAUAUAUAUUUUAUUUAUUAUUGUAUGAUCCACCUAAGAGCUAGUCCUAAAAAAAUCUUCGAUAGAGACAGUUUUAUGUAAUAUUUGGCAGAACAAAUUUAAUCCUCUUUAUAAUUGUCCCCAAGUCUUUCAGUUAAAGAAUUGAUGAGUUGCUAAAUUUUCAUUUUUUAUCAGUUUCAACUAAUAUAUUUCAAACAGAAAUAAAUCAUUAAAAUUCAUCAAAGUGAUUAAUAUGCUGUGGCUUUAAACUAUUUCCAAGAAUAACAUAUUUAUUUUAAAUGUAAUUAAAGCACCUAAGAUUUUCUAUCUAGAUGCUAAUAAUUGUUGUAGAUAAGUAUUAUUUUUACUUCAGAAAUUUUGAUUGAAUAUUUUGAUUUUUGAACGAAGAGUUUCUUUUAUUUGUGUUUUAUUUAUUUUUAAAUAUAUAUAUAUAUAAAAUAUAGUUUUGUUGUUUCUCAAAAAAUUUCUAAUUUUGCAUACAAUAUUAUGGCUUCAUUUUAUAUUAAAUAACUAAGGGGGGGACCCCAAAGCAAGAACUUUCAAAAUAUGUUAAUAAUUUUGAAGAAAAAAUUGUAAAAUGGUUAGAAAUUUGACAUUUUAAACAAGUUCCUACUCCCAUGCUUCUCAAAGUAUUCUUCUUUGUUUACCUCUCCAAAUGGAUAUAUAAUUAUUAUGUUUCAUUUAUUAAAAAUAUAUAUAAUAAUCAAAAAAUUCUACCAGAAUGUCUUGCAAUAAAUAUUUUUAUCAUAUACACGACAAUUUGUAAUACAAACAAAAUACAGAAAACCAUAGAUAUUCUGGAUUGUUAUCUAAAUCAAGGAAAGAAAUUCUUUUGUUGCAUUUAGGUAUUUGAUGACAACUUUUAAAUAAGUUGCAUUUUUUUUAAAUAGUUGUAAAUCAGAAUUUUUCUCUGCAUAGCUAAUUUGCAGUUUGAAAUUUGAAAUUUCUCUUUUUCCUUGAAUGCUAAAGUUUAGAUAUAAGAAUUUAUCUUUAAUAAAGCCUUAAUAUCUGUGAUUGCCAUUUAAAAUGUAUGUAUUGGAAAACAAUUAUGUUAUGUGUGAAUGCAAUCUGAUUUAUCAGUCAAAAGAUUAUGAUAAUUUUAAUUAUUUUAAAAUUUCCAUAGUUGGCCUUUGUUAUCGCAACCUGAUACUAGAAUCUUGAGGAAUUGGUUUAUAUCAAUUCAAUCAUUUAUUUUAUGGAUAUUGAAUCUGUAAUUGCAGAAAUAACCUAUAUGAAAAAUGGGAAAUUACCUUUUAAAUUUAUUACUGAAAUAAAAUUUGUAUUUUUAUAAAUUUAAUAGUUUCUAUCUAUUAUUCUCUGUCCUUGUAAAUCUCAUAUUACAUUCUUUUUUCUUAAUGUAUUAAAUAAAAAUGAAUUAAUUUUACUUUGAUACAAAUAAUUUUAUUUCAUUGAAAUACUUUGUUUCUCAAAACUCUUCAGCUACAGAAUUUUGGUUUACUAAAUUCAAUAGAUAUAAAAAUGUUGCAAAUAUAAUUUGCAGAUUCUUAUGAGUUAUUCUCAUAUCUUUUUUAUUUUGGUAAAAUUUGCAAAAGAAAAGAAAGAAAGUACAACAUUUUAUAGAUCUUAGUAGCAUAUUCAAACAAAGCAUAUAGUUACAUUUUUUUUAAGCUAAAGUAUUGUAUGUAAUUGUGGGGAUUGUAAAUUUUAGCAUAAGUUGAUCUGUCAAUAUAUGAAUAUCUUUGGGGACAUUAUUUAGUUGGAAACAAGGACUAGAACUUUGAGAGGAGAAUUUUAAUAGCCAUCUUAUUUUGAUUUGUUGCUCAUGUGACUGGAGAAUGCUUACUUGCUGGAAAGCUUGGUAGUUCUGUGUUCAGCCAUAUUAUAUUUGCAUAAAUCUCAUUCAUUUUGAUACAUUAUGUACAUGCUAUUUUUUAAUAAUCAGCAAAGAUAUAUAUAAAUUCUGUUAGAUAUAAUUUGUUAAUAUAAGUUUGAAUAUGAUAUAUAUAUUGACAUCACUUGUUCCCAACGUCAU